AUGAUAGACGAUAGCGGCUGCGAAAGCACAACGAACACUAAAGCCAGUAUAAAAACCAGUAAAAACCUUUUGUAUGUUGCUGGGUGGGCUCGUCCUUCGAGCCAUGCCAAUAGCCCAGACACCUUCUCUGCGCCGAAUAUAUGUAUAUAUAUAUAUAUUCUGCCCGAGUAUUGCGUCUUCCUUCGUCUUCAUGGAGUCUCGGGACGCUACAUUAGGAUGCUGAAGAGAGGAAUGUACCCUUACUUCUUCAUUACAAUUGAUCAGCCCCUCGCAGAGCGGACUUCGGAUAGAUGCCCGUUUCCCGAGUUCUCCUUGGCUCAAGUCCUAAAAGGCCUAGGCGUUUCGAUUCAGUGGCACACAAAACCACUCCCAAAUCUCUUUACGUCGGAAAAUGACCUCAUCGGAUGUGAUUAA